CGGUUAUUUAUAUCCGCCACCGAGAACAGCGAUUUCUUUUCUAGUUACUGUACGCAGUGAUCAGCUGACCGUACUCCGAGUAACUGGCACUCGUGUAGCGGUUGUGCGCGUGCAAGCACCGUUUCGGUUCCGCUGAGGCGAGAGGGAAUAUGCACAUUGUGUUCGAGUUUUUAGUACUACUGGUCAGACUGGUAUACGUGUGUUUAGAGGCCGUCGUUCUAGCCUUUCUCCCGGCCAGUGUACGAGGGAAAGAUGUAGCCGGCGAAACCGUGCUGAUUACAGGGGCAGGAAGUGGAAUUGGUAGAUUAUUGGCCAAGAAAUUUGCCCAGCUUGGAUGCCGCAUGGUAUUAUGGGAUAUCAACAAAGAGUCAAACGAGGAGACCGGCGCGAUGUUGAAGAAGUACGGUUCCACGGUGCGGACGUACAGAGUGGAUCUCUCCAACCUGGAGGAGAUUUACCACACAGCAGACAUGGUGAAGGAAGAGCUGGGCCAGGUGGACAUCCUGGUGAAUAACGCGGGAAUCGUCACGGGCAAGAAGUUCAUGCAGUGUCCGGACAGCCUGGUGCAGAAAACCAUGGAGGUCAACUGUAUGGCGCACUUUUGGACAGUGAAGGCGUUCAUGCCGGCGAUGAUGGAGCACAAUCACGGCCACAUCGUCAACAUCGCCAGCUCGGCGGGGCUGAUCGGCAUCACGGGCUUGGCCGAUUACUGCGCCAGUAAGUUCGCGGCGGUCGGCUUUGACGAAUCGUUGAGAUUCGAACUGCUGGACCUCGGCAAGGAUGGCGUCCACACCACAGUUGUCUGCCCUUACUUGAUCAGCACCGGCAUGUUUGAGGGCUGCAAGUCGUUUUUCCCCUGGCUGUUGCCGCCGUCGGACCCCGAGGACGUGGCGGACCGGAUCAUCGACGCCAUUCUGUGUAACGCACACAUCGUCUUCAUUCCGCGAGUCUUGCACGUCUUACUCGUCAUUAAAGGACUUUUACCAACGAAAGGAAUUCGCCUAGUGUGUCAGUUUUUGAAAGUGAAUCGACACAUGGACAGUUUCAUAGGACGACAGACAACAGAACCUCAGAAGUAAUCUCCCCUUGACUCUGUCGUCUACAGAGUUAGGACUUUGGAUACGUCGGGUGCGGAUCCACAGAGGCGCCGAGGUGUGCGCACGCCUCCUUUUUUUUUCUUCGCAGACGUCAAAACAAUAAAAGCCUGUUCGAACACCUCUUA